AUGGCCCAGGCCGCAGCACCUCCUGGGCACUAUUGCGUGCAGACCUUCAACGAGAGCGGCGAAGCCCCGGUCAAUAUCCUCGUCAACACCGUCCGAGGCACAAUAGCCUUCACCAAAGCGAAAGAUGCACCUUUAUCAUCCAUAUAUGAGACCCUCUAUGAGCGCGCCCCAUGGCUCACAAGCACCUCCUACAUCCUCACUACCCACUCCCGCCGCACCGUUCCCAUCACCGCCGGCCCCGUCUCCUCACUCCUCAGCUCGGCCUCCGACACGUUCAUAUCGCUGCGCCUGACCGUACCGCUAUGCGGUGGUAAGGGAGGCUUCGGCUCGAUCCUCCGCGCCCAGGGUGGCCGUAUGUCGUCGCGCAAGAAGAAGCAGGGCGAAGUAAAUGGUUCGUCGCGCAACCUGGACGGACGACGAUUGCGCACCGUAGCGGAAGCGAAGACCCUCGCGGAGUACCUCGCUAUCAAGCCAGAGAUGGACAAACGCGAGAAGGAGGAGCGGCGCAAGAGGUGGGAGGAUAUUGCAGCGAGCACGGAGCGCAAGCAGGAAGAGCUGACGAGCGGGAGGACGCAGGCUCGCCUGGACGGAAAAUGGGUUGAGGGUAAGGAGGAGGCUGAGAAUAAGACUAGGGAGGCGAUAGAGAAGAUGUUGUUGGCGCAGCAGAGAUCUAGCUCGGAGGAGGAGGAGGAAGAGGAGGUUACGGAAUCUUCAAAGUCGGCUGCUCAGCGGACGAUGUUCGGUUGGGAGAAUGAGGAUGACGAGUAUCUAAGUGAAAGCGAGGAGGAAGAGGGUGUUUCAGAAGAGGAUAAACCCAAGUACGAGGGCAAGGGCAAGGGCAAGGCUGUGUAA